AUGGUCUCAGAGUUCACAAGCGAGGAAAGAGCAGAGACCAGCAGAAGGUUGCAGCAUGCCCUGGCUUGGAGGCUGUCUCGUCUGGGUGUGCACAGCAGGCUUGGGGGUCUCCAGUGUCUGCAGCCUUGUCUCCUCCCACACCAGAGGAGCGCCUCCACCGGCAGCAAGAUCCUGGUAGAGAUGGACGACAGCACAGAGAAGGCACUUCCGAAGAUCUUCUCCGCGGGGCUGGACAUCAUGGAGAUGUAUGGGAAGAGCCCUGAGCAUUGCGGGGAGUUCUGGAAGGCGGUGCAGGAGAUGUGGCUGCGGCUGUACGGUUCCAGUAUGAUCACAGUAGCAGCGAUUAAUGGCUCCAGUCCUGCAGGAGGUUGUCUGAUGGCCUUGGCUUGUGACUACAGAAUAAUGGCCGAAAACCCGAAAUACAGCAUCGGCUUGAACGAGACUCAGCUGGGGAUUGUCGCCCCCUUCUGGUUCAAGGACACCCUGCUGAACACUGUUGGGAACAGAGCGGCUGAGCUCUCUCUGCAGCUGGGGCUCCUGUACAGCGCUCCCGACGCUCUCAGAACCGGCCUCGUGGAUCUGCUGGUACCGGAGGACAAGGUCCUCAGCACAGCCUCCCAAACCAUGACCCAGUGGCUAGCUAUUCCAGACCACGCCCGUCAGAUCACCAAGUCCAUGAUGAGAAAGCCGACAGUCGACCGGCUGCUGGCGAGCAGGGAGCCCGACGUCAAGAACUUUGUCAGCUUCAUCACCAAAGACUCAAUCCAAAAAUCACUCCAGGUUUACAUGGAGAGACUGAAGCACAGAAAACCCUAGAAGCACGCAUUGACGUGCACGCGAUCGCAUCGCUAAAUGUGCGUCUGUGAGGUCUGUUCUGUUCCUGUCAUUACCGGUUGCGUUCCUUCGAAAGACGGUACAUUAUAAACGCUUUAUACUGAAAAAAAAAUCAGUGCUGCAGUGUUUCAUAGGUUUGAUGAAUCGAAAUGUUUCAGUUCCUGACGUGGUUGGUUUCUAGUGCCACUUUUUUCUAUAGCUGAUACAUCUGUGCUUGUGCAGAUUCCAAGUGAACCAUUGGUGACUCUUUGAUACUUCUUAAUAUGCAUCUGAAAGAGAAAUCACUGUAAAGCUCUGUCAUGCAACCCACUGGCCAUGGAUCUGAGGGAAGAUGUUGUCUUGUAAUGGGGUAUAUGUAGUGACCUGAAGUUAUCAGUGUAUAUAUAUAAUCUUUUACCAAGAUAAGGAUGUAUACAGUGUUUACAAACUGCACUUUGCAUUUUCUUUUGGUAAACUUUU